CCACUUCUCCCUGCCUUCCACCUGACACACACUGAAUGAAGUUGAGUCAGACAGUCAUCAGUCUUGCGCUUCUUGUCCUUGUUGUCUCUCCCAUCACCAACGCAAGCUCUCCCAUCAAGAAUGUUGUGGUCCUCAUGAUGGAGAACCGAUCGUUCGACCACUUUCUCGGAUGGCUCAAAGAACUCAACCCCGAGGUCGACGGGCUGACUGGAAGCGAGUUCAACCCGACGAACACGUCGGAUCCGAGCGCGGAAAAGGUGUUUGUGACCAAGGACGCGGUGGACGUCGGCCCGUCGCCGGAGCACUCAGUGCCCGGGACGACGGACCAGGUGUUUGGCCACGGACGGAUUCCGGACAUGCCGAACAAGUACCCAGCGACGAUGGACGGGUUUGUGGAGGACCUUGCGCUGACUCACCAGGACGGGCGCCGGGCUAUGGACUGCUUCCACAACGCCACGCUGCCGGUGCUCUUCACGUUGGCGCAAGAGUACGCGGUCUUUGACCGGUUCUACGCCUCGGUGCCCGGACCGACCGAGGUCAACCGAGCCUUUGCUUACGCGUGCACCUCGGACGGCAUGUCGACCAACGAGAAUGUGCGGCUCAUCGAGGGUCUGCCGAACAAGUCGAUUUUCAACGCGCUCUACGACCACGUCAAGGCGUCGGGCAGCGCGCGUAACCCGUUCGGCGUCUACUUUGAGGACUUUCCCACCGUCUUUUUUAAUCGCGAGGUUCGCGACCACAUGACCCACUUUCAUCCGCUCGACGACUUCUUUACUGACGUUGCCGCCGGCACCCUGCCGAUGCUGACCUGGCUCGAGCCCAAGUACUUCCACGUGCUGGACAUUCCGGCCAACGACCACCAUCCGGCCCACAACGUCAAGCUUGGCGAGCUGCUGAUCAAGAAGAUCUACGAGGCCAUCCGCGCCUCGCCGCAGUGGGACUCGACCCUCUUCCUCAUCACCUUUGACGAGCACGGCGGCUUUGCAGACCAUGUGCCGACGCCCCUCGACGGCGUGCCCAACCCGGACGGCAAGGUUGCCACCAGCCCGCCGUUUGGCUUUGACCGCCUCGGCGUGCGCGUCCCCUUUAUCGCCGUCUCGCCGCUCAUCCCCAAGGGCACCGUAGUCCACGAGCCCGAGCCCGAUGUCAAGCCACAGCCGACCUCGCGCUUCUCGCACGCCUCGCUCUACGCCUCGCUCAAGAACAUCUUUGGCUUGACUGAGACUUUGACCAAGCGCGAUGCCUGGGCCGCGCCCUUUGACUCGGUCGUCUCGCUCACCACGCCGCGGACAGACUGCCCAACGACGCUGCCGGACGUGCCGGAUGUGCCAUCGGCCACCGACCUGGCCCACCUCGCCGACCAGCCAGUCCACGACUUCCAGGCCACCAUGAUCCGUGUCGCCGCCCACAUGUCGCGCUCGGACAAUGCUGCCGAGGCCCACAUCCACCACGAGGUCCUCGCCGCCCUCGACGCCGGCUCGCUCACCGAGGGCGAGGCUGCCGCCUAUCUCGAGCGGCAGAUGUCGAUCCUCCUCCCGUAAUCCCCCUCCCCCUCCCCUUCCCUUCAAACACACACACAGACAGACACACAGACACACACA